AUAAUAUAAUACAAAUACAGAACGAAGAUGACACCAAGAUUAUCUAGAUCAGGGAGCGGAUAUGGUACUAAUAUUGAGAAGUGUAUAACGGUUUGGUUAAGUUCGAAUUAGGAACAAACUAAUGUGAAUUAUGGUCUAACAGUGAAAGAAAACUUAGAACCGAACCAACAUUUAGUGGAGUAGCUAGUAUUUCACUUAAGAUGGGUCGGGGACCCGCUUCAUCAUAAGUUGGCUCCGUCAAUGCUAACUUUGCAUUUGGUCCGAUUUGGUUCGAUACAGUUGUUAAGUUGGUUCAUUUUUCUUUAGUAUUUGAAAAAUUCAUAGGAUCAAGAAUCAUACCACAUCAUAUUCGAUUCGCUAACCCGGUACCGACCAAACCGUUGCAGUCAUCUUAAUAUUAGCAUCAUGCUAACAUAAUCACUAGAAAUAUUAUGGUAACUAUUGUACAUAGUAGUCACUCACCCGUCCUCGUCCCGUUUUUUCCGCCUCCCUAUCUCCACCCCUCCCUCUGUAAAAAAAAAACACAUCAAGUUACUUGUAAAAUAAAAAUGGGCUCUUGGAAGCUUACCCUUCGCCUCUACAGUCUACAUCAUCAAAGAAUCAAAUAUAUUAAUCAUUAAUCAUUUCCAGGAAAAAAAACCACUAAUAAAAGAUACAGAAUCAAAAUACGAAGUAAAGAAUUCAAACGAACAGCGACUUAAUUAGGAAGCAGGAGUUGAACAGGCCGAAGAAACAACUGGGCAAGUCAGCUAAUUAUAGCGCUACAACACAAAAUAAUCAGAGCCAUUGCCGAGGAGAGCAGGCCGCCCACAUUUGCACUUUUCCGCUCACCAAAAUCACCAAAUUCACUCUUUCCAGCACCAAAUAAAAUACCCCACGACAAGCAACGGCUAAUUAUAUAAUUAAUUCCUUAUAAUGGCUAAUUAUAUAAUUAUUAAGCCUUCCCACCAAAAAUAAACUCCACAAAAAUCCUCUCCUUAAAACCCACCAUAUGAUCCCCAUUGCCAACCUACUUCUCCCCCUUCCCCAAAAACAACACACACACAAAACACAUUGCAUGGCAACUCACUCCCAUCUCAUUUCCCCUCACCACCACCACCACCACCACCCUCAUACCGCCACCAUGAACAUCAACACCACCGCCGCCGCCUUCUCCUCCUCCCCGGCCCCCGCCGCAAUCCGCCGGAUCCUCUUCCUCCGCGACGUCCAGCUCGUGGAGCUCUUCCUCGCCCUCGCCGUCUUCGUCACCAUCCACUCCCUCCGCCAGCGCAAGCGCCACGGCCUCCCCGUCUGGCCGCUCCUCGGGAUGCUCCCAUCCCUCGUCGCCGGCGUCCGCCACAACAUGUACGACUGGAUCACCUCCGUCCUCUGCCGCCGCAACGGCACCUUCCUCUUCCGCGGCCCUUCGUUUAGCAGCCUCAAGUGCGUCAUCACCGCCGACCCGCGGAACCUCGAGUAUCUUCUCAAGACCAAGUUCUCGAAUUUCCCCAAGGGACAGUACUUCCGCGACAACCUCCGUGACCUCCUCGGCGACGGCAUCUUCAACGCCGACGAUGCCACGUGGCACAAGCAGCGCAAGACCUCCAGCCUCGAGUUCCACUCCGCCAGGUUCAGGAACCUGACGUACUCGUCGCUGUACGAGCUGGUCCACGGCCGGCUGCUGCCGGUCCUCGAAACGGCCUCGAACCGAAACGUUUCGAUCGACCUACAAGACGUGCUGCUCCGCCUGACGUUCGACAACGUGUGCAUGAUCGCAUUCGGCGUCGACCCGGGGUGCCUGAGCCCCGGCCUCCCGGAGAUCCCGUUCGCCAGGGCGUUCGAGGACGCCACGGAGGCGACGGUGAUGCGGUUCGUGAUGCCGACGUGCGCUUGGAAGGCGAUGAGGUGGCUCGACGUGGGGCCCGAGCGCGUCCUCAGGAAGUCCAUCGAAGGGGUCGACGCGUUCGCCGAGGAAGUGAUCCGCGCGAGAAAAAAGGAGCUCGCCCUGCUGGACAGCAGCGACGAGGACGCUGCUGACGUGGACGGACGGGAGCGGGUGAUUAGGAGGUCGGACAUACUGACGGUGUUCAUGGGGCUGCGUGACGACAAGGGGACGCCGUUCUCCGACAAGUUCCUGAGGGAUAUUUGUGUGAAUUUUAUACUGGCGGGGAGGGACACGUCAUCGGUGGCGCUGAGCUGGUUUUUUUGGCUGGUGGACGGGCAUCCUGAGGUUGAGGAGAAGAUUGUUGGGGAGAUUGGGAGGAUUGUGAAGGAGAGAUCGUCGGGAGGAGAGAAUAAUGGCGGCGAGGAGGAGGAGGAGGAAGAAGGAGUGGUGUUUCGGCCGGAGGAGAUUAAGAGGAUGGAUUAUCUGCAGGCUGCGUUGUCGGAGGCGUUGAGGCUUUACCCUUCGGUGCCUGUUGAUCAUAAAGAGGUUGUAGAAGAUGACAUGUUCCCUGAUGGGACUGUACUGAAGAAGGGAACCAAGGUGAUCUACGCAAUCUACUCAAUGGGGAGGAUGGAAUCUAUCUGGGGGAAAGACUGCAGGGAGUUCAAGCCCGAGAGGUGGCUGAGGGACGGCCGAUUCAUGAGCGAGUCGGCUUACAAGUUCACCGCUUUCAACGGCGGUCCUAGGCUGUGCUUGGGGAAGGACUUCGCGAUCUACCAGAUGAGGUUUGCGGCUGCCUCAAUCAUGCUUCGCUACAAGGUGAAGGUCGUGGCUGGUCACCCUGUCACCCCGAAGCUCGCCUUGACUAUGUACAUGAAACACGGGCUCAAGGUGAACCUCUACAGGCGCGACCAGGUUCAGGUCGUUGACAACAAGGUGGAUAGUUAAAUCAAUGAAAGGAUGAGAAUGUUUGAUAAAUAAGUGAUGGUCUUUGGUUAUAUUGAGUUGAUUUGUAUUUUCUUUUUGCUUUCUGUAUUACUGUUAUUGUUCUUAUGUGGUUGUAGAUGAAGCAUACUUAUUGUUUUAUUUGGGAUGAUGAAGAAGAUAAUCAAGACAUAGAGGUAAACUAGAGUGGUAACUUGUGAGACAAGGCAAGAUGAGAGGGGUGAUUAUUGGAUUAUGUGUGGUUGCAAUAACGGGAUGAAUUUUAUUAUCAUGUUAUAUGUACUGGGAUCUUGAGGUUGUGUGUAAUUAUUUUUACAAUAAAUUGUAACAAAUUUA